UUAUAAUAUCACUCUCAUCAAGAACCCAUUUCCAAGAUUUUCAAGAAAUGGCAAACCAACUUCCCCAGAUAUCCGUUCUUGGAGCUGGCAUCUUUGUCAAGACUCAAUACAUUCCAAGACUAGCUGAGAUCUCUCAUCUUUUUGUUCUUAAAUCCAUCUGGAGUCGCUCUGAGGAAUCUGCAAGAGAAGCAGUGGAGGUAGCAAAGGAGCAUUUUCCUGGUGUGGAAUGCAAGUGGGGUGAUAAGGGUCUUGAUGAGAUCAUUCAAGAUGAGUCAAUUCUUGGUGUUGCUGUGGUUCUUGCUGCGCAAUAUCAGGUUGAUAUGUCACUAAAGCUACUAAAGGCAGGGAAGCAUGUCCUCCAAGAGAAACCAGCGGCAUCUUCUAUUAGUGAAAUAGAAACCAGCCUAUCAAGCUACAAAUCUAUCUGUGCAAAUUCACCUGGUUAUCCAAUUUGGGCUGUGGCAGAGAACUAUAGGUUUGAACCUGCACUUGUAGAGAGCAAGAAAUUAUUGGCUGAUAUUGGGAAAAUGAUGAGCGUCCAACUUAUAAUUGAAGCAUCAAUGAAUAGUGCAAACCCUUACUUCUCAAGCUCUUGGCGGCGGAAUUACACGGGGGGUUUCAUUCUAGAUAUGGGAGUGCACUUCAUUGCAGGACUGAGAAUGCUUGUUGGAUGUGAGGUGACGUCAGUGUCAGCUAUGACCUCUCAUGUGGAUACAACUUUGCCUCCACCUGAUAACAUAUCCUCAGUUUUUCACCUGGAGAAUGGAUGUUCUGGAGUUUUUGCAAUGGUUGUAUCCUCCAAAACACCCAAGAUAUUAUGGAGAAUUGUUGGCAUAAACGGAACAGUGGAAAUUGGGCGUGGAAACCAAGGUGGACAGCAUGGUUACACGAUUUCUUUUUAUGGAGCUGGUGGACACUGUAAAAGCAACUUCUACCCAUUUAGUGGAGUGACCGCUGAACUUAAGGCAUUUUUACAUGACAUUUCACAGGCCAACCUUAAGGGAAGUAGCUACGAAGUUGAGCCUCGACUCUCUUUUAUUGAAGGAGCCAGAGAUGUUGCAGUUUUAGACGCAAUGCUUGAAUCUGGAAACAAGAAUGGAGCACUAGUUCAGGUGAAAAAGUUUUAAGGACCAAUUUCAUCAUGUUUCACGCAGCUAAAAACACUUCUGAGACCUAGCAAACAGAAGGGUAGGGAAAGGAGAUAUUGUUGAAAAGCUAUGGAGAAAUUUACAAUUUUUAAGAUGAAUGUAUCCUUAUUAUGAUAAUACAUAUUUCUUAAGAAUAAUUAGUGCGUAUGUAGAGAGGGGAAAAUUGCAUGAGUGCUGUUUAAACUGAUGUAUUGAAUCAAAAUAAUGCUGCAGACUCGUUUACUUGUGUA